GCGUGGUGGGUGGAGAGGAAUUUUUUGUUUAUUUUCGUGGCCAGUUAACCAGUAAACGUGCUGUUAUAUUAUUAUUUGCUGUUUUUAUAGUUUAGCAUAAUAAGGCAAACAGAUAAGCGGCUGUGCAUUUACCUAGUAGGGUAUUUUACCAUUUCGUGAGGUAGCGGAUUUGGGCCAUCACAGAGGAAGGUUAGCUAGCGAGCUAGCGUCAAGUCGAUGAGGGUCUUGUAGCGUUAGUUAGCUGUUAGCGUAUGUGCUAGCAGGCUAGCCACAAUAUUAUUAAUGCAAGAUAGAUAGCACAACAAAAUUUAGCAAGCUAAAGCCACUCGCUUAUCGGCCUGCACCACUGGGAGUAACGCCACGGCGCGGAGAAAUCACCGUUGCUAAGCUUGGGCCUCUUCGGAUCAACAGUACUUUCACCCUGACGUUUCUACUGGUAAAGACAUACAGGAUACAACUUCAAAAUCUCCCCAAGGUUGAAACCCAAGCAGCAAGAUGUCAAUCACGAACACUCCCACAAGCAACGAUGCCUGUCUGAGCAUCGUUCAUAGCCUGAUGUGCCACCGACAGGGAGGGGAGAGCGAAAGCUUUGCCAAGCGAGCAAUUGAGAGUCUUGUCAAAAAGCUGAAAGAGAAGAAGGAUGAGCUGGAUUCCCUUAUCACAGCCAUCACUACGAAUGGAGCUCAUCCUAGCAAGUGUGUAACCAUACAGAGAACUUUGGAUGGGCGCCUACAGGUUGCAGGUCGCAAAGGUUUUCCCCAUGUUGUCUAUGCGCGACUGUGGCGAUGGCCUGAUCUACACAAGAAUGAAUUAAAACACGUGAAAUAUUGCCAGUAUGCCUUCGACUUGAAAUGUGACAAUGUUUGUGUCAACCCAUACCACUAUGAGAGGGUCGUCUCUCCAGGCAUUGACUUAUCAGGGCUGACUCUUUCAAGUUCAGGUCCCCUCAUGGUAAAGGAUGAGUAUGACUAUGACAACCAGCAGUCUCACUCAAGCUCUGAAAGCCACCUGCAGACUAUCCAGCAUCCCCCGUCAAGACCCGGUCCACAGGAGACUUUCAGCAGCCCCGCUUUGCUCCCCCCAUCAGAGGGCAGCAGUUCAGCUUCAACCUCGGCUUUCUCCACCAUCAGCGCUGGACCCUCAAAUCCUCCCCCCAAUUGGAGCAGAAAUGGCAGCUUCACCCCUGCAGUGCCUCAACAUCAGAACGGGCAUCUACAGCAUCAUCCACCCAUGCCUCACACAGGGCAUUACUGGCCUGUUACCAAUGAAAUUGCGUUCCAGCCGCCAAUAUCCAAUCACCCUGCUCCAGAUUACUGGUGCUCCAUUGCAUACUUUGAGAUGGAUGUCCAAGUUGGAGAGACGUUUAAGGUGCCAUCCACAUGCCCAAUAGUGACGGUGGAUGGCUAUGUUGAUCCAUCAGGAGGGGACCGCUUUUGCUUGGGCCAGCUGAGUAACGUCCACAGGACAGAGAACAUAGAGAGAGCCAGGCUCCACAUUGGCAAAGGUGUGCAGCUGGAGUGCAAAGGUGAAGGAGACGUGUGGGUACGCUGUUUGAGUGAUCACGCAGUGUUUGUACAGAGCUAUUACUUGGAUCGGGAGGCUGGACGUGCCCCUGGAGAUGCAGUUCACAAGAUCUAUCCCAGCGCUUACAUCAAGGUGUUUGACUUGCGUCAGUGCCACAGGCAGAUGCAGCAGCAGGCAGCGACAGCUCAGGCAGCAGCUGCAGCCCAGGCAGCAGCAGUGGCUGGGAACAUUCCCGGGCCUGGCUCUGUGGGAGGCAUCGCCCCUGCCAUCAGUCUGUCUGCCGCUGCAGGCAUCGGGGUUGACGACCUGCGCAGGCUGUGCAUCCUGCGGAUGAGCUUCGUGAAGGGCUGGGGGCCCGACUACCCACGGCAAAGCAUCAAAGAGACACCCUGCUGGAUUGAAAUCCAUUUACACCGAGCUCUGCAGUUACUGGAUGAAGUUCUGCACACCAUGCCCAUAGCUGACCCUCAACCCCUCGACUGAGUUAAAAGACAUGAACUGUACAAAAAAAAGAAAACAAUCAGACUGUACUUUUUAACAGACCACUCCACCUAUAGGCCCGGAGAACUGAAGGAGGACUGCAACCAUGGGGAUGCUGAGUAGGUUGUAGGAGUAAGAACAAGGGCAUAGAGGCCGGCAGUAUACUCCAAACACGCUGCUUUUAAAUCCAGCGCUGCAAGCGGUUGCCAGUAUACAGAGCGAGACUCCAGAUCUGUAAGUUCAGUGGCUUACAAACAGCAGCUGGAGGAACCUGUGAAACACGCUGGGAGGAAUCGUACGCCAAGAGGAUGAAAAAGGAAGCCGGUAUUCUGGCAUUGUUUACCACCUGAAAACUUCGUAACAGCAUAAAGCGAACAAGGCUUUGUGUCUUUCAAAUCUCGUGUCGAUACAUAAUACUCACACAGUAAUGUGGAUUAAAGAGCAUGCCAACAGCGAGAUUAACACGCUCAAAAUUCUAUCAAUUAUUCAGUAAGUGUUGGUGUUUUACAGAAGGAACCACAAGAGUGCAGGGUGUCAAACAAAAUGAUUCAUACUCAGCUGUCGACUUUUUGACUGGUAACAUUUCCACUUUAAGAUUUUAAAAUAUACAGAGCCCCUGCAACUGACUGACUAAGCUCCUUUUUUUUGGACUAUUUACUGUGAGAGCAAACUAUUUGACUGUAAAGCAGUAAAGCUGAGCACAAUGUGACACCUUUUACUGGAUUAAAACCUGCUAUUUACCCCAUCUGAACUUACAAUGUGUCAUUUCAGUUGGAGUAUACUGCCGAUCCAGUCCUCCUUCAUCGGCUCUCCGGUGUUUAUAUGGCUUCAUUUAAGUGGAGUUUCUCACCUCACAAAUCAGGACAUUUAUGUAAAAUGCUAUUCAUUACUUAUGUUCUCGUAAGAUGUAAUCUUAAAUAUUUUUCAAUGCCAACGGCCCUCGUUUGAUGUUUUUUUGAUUUAUAUCCCCCCUUUUUCAGUAGUUGUUUCUACAGAUGUAAAGAGCAUUUGAAAAGCCCGUUUUAGCUGACCUCCGCUUCUCUUCCAACACUUCAAAACUUCCAUCACUCUACCACCAGUCAAGGCUGUUAGGAUAUCAAGAAGCGAUGUUUUUAACUGAAGUUUUUCAGACGCCAAAAUUACAUUGGCUUAAAAAAAAAAUUCAAAAGAAAUGGUUAUUAUAACACGUCGUAAUAUAAUUUGUCAUUUUUUUUUAUUAGAUGCCCACAUAGUGUCCAUUAGCACUUUAUUAAUUUGCCUGAAUAUUUUGUCUUGUUUCAUAGUCUCAUGCGUGGUUACUCGUAUCCAUAUAAUUUCUUAGCAUAGUUGGAAAGUUUUUCUUGCUAAUGACCUUGGUGACAUCCAUGGACAAUGUGCAGAUUGUCUGCCUAAAAUCUGUUUUCAGUAUCAAACGCUCACCCACAGCAGGUUGUAAAGGUGUAUCUAACAUUUUUAUGACAAAAUAAUGGCUGAAACAUAUGAAGUUGUGGUGUAAGAAUGGUUUCUGAAAUUUGAAAACACCUUUUAAACCUACAGGCAGUGAAUCUUUGGUACUCAGAAGAUACAUUUUGGGUGGAACAUCACUUAAAGAUGGCUCACCGCCACCCAUUUUAAUUUGAGUAUUACUUGGAUGCCAUUCACCAUAACGUAUUCUAGACAACAGCUGAGUAAAGGAGGCAAGGAAUGAACUGUGAGAGGAAGUGUAAGCCAUAUUGAUGCCAAAUAUACCCUAUGAAAAGUGAAAAAGGUUAUCGGACUGCAGUCGAUUUUGUCAUGUCGCUUGUACAAGCAUGGUUUUAAUCGUCUAUCUGAACGAUCUCAGUUUUUGCUCAGCACAGUCGAUCAAACAAUAUUUUGGUAUUUGGAGCUCUGUUUACCCACAGCUGUCGCAGUAUUUUAUACUCUUUUGCUACCUUUACAGUGAUAAACCACAAAAAGAAUGGAAAAAAGAAGAAUGCUGUACAAUUUUCAGGAAAUGCAAGUUCAUGCUCAUCUUAAUCUUUACAAUUGUGUCAUACACUCAAUACGUAUGUAGUUUGAAUGAUAUUGGUGUUUAUAUGUAUGAGUAUGGUUGAAUAAAAUCAAUGGGCUAACACUA